AUGUCAGAUAAAGCAGAGAUCGUAUGUAAUUCGGUUGGGUUUGAAUCUGUGUGUGUUGUUGCCGAUUACGCGACUGCUUCGUUCUCUGCAACAUUGAAGAGGAAACUCCGUAAUUUUAUAACUCGGAUCGAUACGAUGCUGUUUGUAAAUAUCGAAUUCCAUCACGCUCGUGUAUUUAGUAGCGAUGAUACUGGCUCUGUCAACCAAAUAGCCGGUGGUCUGGUCACUGAGAUCAGGAAGAGGGCUGAUCCGUUACUCACCUGGUUGUCUUGGAGCUCUUGUGUUACAAGCUUGUUUUUACUCCUUAUUUUAUUUAGAGCUAAAUAUUAUCAACACAUGUUCGAAACUAGGUCCCGUUUCGAUAAUCGCUACGUAACUAAGGAGUUGCGUGAAUUAGAUUUCAAAAGAUAUCAAGAGAGACGGGAAACAGUUUUGCCGUUGAAUAAAAGGGAACAAGCAAAAUAUAUUUAUACGGUCCUUCGAACGGUGGUAUUCAUA